AUGGAGGCAGCUCGCGCAGGUCGCAUGCUCGUGGUGGCGGUGGUGGUGGUGGCAGGAGGCGCCGGUGCCGGUCGUGGCGGCGGAGCUCAAGAGGCUGAUUGGGGCUACGGCAACGAGUACGAUGCCGGAUAUUAUGACGAGUACGCGACCAAGGCUGUGUACGGGCACGAUGUGCCGGGCAUGUCGUCGCGGCAGUCGUCGCGGGCUCGGGCUGAGCGCGAGAGCGGCGGGCGUGGCGGGCGUGGCGGUGGGCGGCGGUACGGCGAGUCGUAUGAGGCUGCGGCGUACGAGUCGCCAGCGCCACGGCGGAGCUCUCAACAGAGCAGCCACGCGCGGCAGGUCUCGGCGCGGUCGUCACCACAGCAAAACCGAGGGAUGGCGCGGCGGCGGCUGUCGCACGACUCGACGGCGUCGUCGGUCUCCAACGUCUCGGGGGUGCCUUUCCCCAAUGCUGCGCCGCGUGUUCCGCCCAUCGGAUCGCAGGACGUCAUCCGGUCGGUGCUCCAGCUGGAGAACGUGAUGGCCAAAGAGGUGCUUGUCUCGCUCCUUCGCGAGCCGUGCUGCUCGUCGACCCACACCGUGGUGGCCCGGCUGAUGGAGUCCCAUGGGUACGGGCCGAAGAAGGCCAAGCCGGCGGCGCGCCCCUCGCGGCCGACCCGGAAGUCGGAGCCGCGCCGGCCCGAGUGGAACAACGACUUUACCGAGCCGGCCUCGACGGGGCUCAUUGACGACAGCGUCGACGUUCGCAGGCGGCUGCGUGAGCAAGAGCUGGAGCGCGCCCGCGAGGCCCAGCGCUCACGUGAGUCGAGCCGCGCCUCGAACGACGGCUACGGCGGCUACGACGGCUAUGAUGGAUUCUCGGACCGCCAGUCGUCCGCGGGCUCUUCGCGCCGCCGCCGUCGCCGGCGCAAGAAGCCUGCCGCACAGCCUGCACCUGCGCCCGAGCCCGAGCCAUACGCAGACUAUGACGGGUACAACGAUUAUGGCGGCCGCGGCGAUGUUGGGUACGGAGGCGGCGGUGGUGAUGGCUACGACGACGGCUAUGGUGGCGGCGGUGGCGGCUAUGACGACGGCUACGGCGGCUACAACGAGCCUGCACCUGCAACCAAGCCGGCGCGGCGACCGACUCAUCGGCAGUCGUCCGCGUCGGAGCGCUCCAGCGGGCGCGGUGGCAGAAGCUUUGACAAGCAGCCUAUUGGUGGCGGCCAUGGUGGCGGCGGUAGCUUUGACGAGCGGCCCAUUGGAGGCGGCAUGCCGCUGGAUGAGGUGCCGAUCAAGGCCAGUGGCGGCUCGGGCGGCUUUGAUCCUGUGGCAGCUUCGGCGCCGCCGCCGGGUGGCCUUGUCCCAUGCUCGAUCUGCGGGCGCAAGUUUGCCGCCGACCGAGUGCAGAAGCACGAGGGAGCCUGCCGCAAGCUCAAGGCCGGCGCCAAGAAGCGUAAGACGUUCAACGUGGCCAAGCAGCGGAUGGAUCCGGAAAUGGCCAAGGCCAAGGCGGCAGCCAAGCGCCAGCCGGUGAAAAAGGCGCCCAAGAAGGACUGGCGCCGCGAGCAUGAGGAGUUUGUCGCAAACGUCCGCGCCGCCCGCGAGUACUCGGCCGCUAUCAAGUCGGGUGCCGAUCCGUCAUCGCUCCCACCGCCGCCAUCCUCGGGCCCGAACCCAGACCAUGUCCAGUGCCCACAGUGCCUUCGGACGUUUGCCCCAGCCACCGCCGAGCGCCACAUCCCGCGAUGCAACGCCAAGCCGCGGGCCGGCGCCACCCGUCGCAAUCCCCCUCCGCGAUCGGGCGGAUCCGCCCGUCGUGGCCGUGGCUCCAGCCGCAGGUACUAA